ACUGCGCUCAGACAACUUGACACAGAAUAACAGUAAAUCAGACAGAGCUGCUCCUCCAGCACCAGCAGUGAAAUUGUAACCCUGUUGCAAGUAUUUUUGGCCACUGAUAGGACCGAGUGAGAUCACUGCGGUCUCUUCCUCUCGGAUAGACUCAGAGUUGUUCGGCCAGAGCAACGCCGGGAUCGCUUUCAGGCGCAUUUCUUCUAUAUCUCAAUAUUAUAUCACACUGGAAAUGUCCGAAAACAAGCCGAAUGAUGACCCGAAGUUAUCUACGACGGACAGGGUGGUGAAAUCUGUCCCGUUCCCCCCCAGCCACCGACUCACGGCCAAAGAGGUGUUCGACACCGAGGGGAAGCCCAAGGUGGAUGUGCUCAAAGCCCACCUAACCAAGGAGGGGCGCGUGGAGGAGGGGGUGGCCCUGAGGCUCAUCGGAGAGGGCGCCGCCAUCCUGCGCUCAGAGAAGAACCUGUUGGACAUCGAGGCUCCCGUGACGGUUUGUGGAGACAUCCACGGGCAGUUCUUUGACCUGAUGAAGCUGUUUGAAGUAGGAGGAUCACCAGCAUCCACACGCUACCUUUUCCUGGGGGACUACGUUGACAGAGGGUAUUUCAGUAUUGAAUGUGUGCUGUACUUGUGGGCCUUAAAGAUCCUUUACCCCAAAACACUGUUUUUGCUGCGUGGGAACCAUGAAUGUAGACAUUUAACAGAGUAUUUCACAUUUAAGCAGGAAUGUAGAAUUAAGUAUUCAGAGAGGGUGUAUGACGCAUGUAUGGACGCCUUCGACUGCCUUCCCCUGGCUGCCCUUAUGAACCAGCAGUUCCUGUGUGUACACGGAGGACUGUCCCCAGAAAUCACAAAUCUUGAUGACAUCAGGAAACUAGACAGAUUCAAAGAGCCUCCAGCAUAUGGACCAAUGUGCGAUCUGCUGUGGUCCGACCCCCUGGAGGAUUUUGGGAAUGAGAAGAGCCAAGAGCAUUUCACACACAACACAGUGCGAGGCUGUUCCUACUUCUACAGCUACCCUGCAGUCUGUGACUUUCUACAACACAAUAACUUAUUAUCUGUCAUCCGGGCCCACGAAGCGCAGGAUGCUGGCUAUCGCAUGUACAGAAAGAGUCAGACCACUGGCUUCCCGUCCCUAAUCACCAUCUUCUCAGCACCCAACUACCUAGAUGUCUACAACAACAAAGCGGCAGUGCUGAAGUACGAGAACAACGUGAUGAACAUCCGACAGUUCAACUGCUCGCCUCACCCUUACUGGCUGCCCAACUUCAUGGACGUUUUCACCUGGUCCCUGCCCUUCGUCGGCGAGAAGGUCACCGAGAUGCUGGUGAACGUAUUGAGCAUCUGCUCCAAUGACGAGCUGACGACCGACGAAGAGCUGGAUGGUGCCACAGCUUCUGCCCGCAAGGAGGUCAUCCGCAACAAGAUCCGUGCCAUUGGGAAGAUGGCCAGGGUAUUCUCUGUGCUCAGAGAGGAGAGUGAGAGCGUGCUGACGCUGAAGGGACUGACCCCGACAGGCAUGCUACCCAGCGGAGUGCUGUCCGGUGGCAAAGAAAAGCUGCAGAAUGAAACUGCAGCUACUAUUGAAGCUAUUGAGGCUGACGAAGCCAUCAAGGGCUUCUCGCCCCAGCACAAGAUCACCAGCUUCGAGGAGGCCAAGGGCCUGGACCGCAUCAAUGAGCGGAUGCCGCCGCGGCGAGACGCCUUGCCCUCCGACGCCAGCCUGAACUCCCUCAACAAGGCCCUGUCCUCGGAGACCAACGGCACAGACGCCAAGGGCAGCACCAGCAGCGGCAGCAACAUCCAGUGAAAGGCCACCAGCGGGCGCCACCUUGGCCGACGGGGCUGCGCGGCCCUCAGCCCCGUUUUGGCCCGCCACCGCGGAACAGGGGCCAAAGGGUGAAGAGAGUGUAGAGGUGGGGGAGGGCAAGCGUCCGAAGGUGGAGGGGGGAGGGUGGGGGGUGGGGCGGUGGCGUCUACGGCUCACAUCGGGGGGACAUCUCACUUGCUAGUCUUUGGAUAUGCCUUCAAAAUAUUAGUUCAUAGUCAAGUCUGCUAAGUUAUUGCUGGUUCACAUUUCUGAACGAUCAGGCCAUGCGCUUGAUUUUACACCACACCACAGUAUGUCAGAGAGAGAGAGAGAGAGAGAGAGAGAAACAGAGAGAGAGAGAGAGAGGAAGAUCUUAACGGUGAUGUUUUUUCGGAAAGACCCUCGCUCAUUUACACCGAAAUGGAAAGUUGUGUAACUUCUUACUAACUAUUGUACGUUUACAAAAUACAGCACUAAAAAGGACAGAACAUGAGAUAAUGUUUUUAACAUAUAAGGGUGUACAAACUAAAUAAGGACUAUUUAUUGAUAACUUUUUUUGCUACUCUUAUAAAAUAGCUCUGAAAUGAAUUAGGCAGUCUUAAAAAGAAUGUUGCAAUGUUGUCGAAAUGCCAAAUAAUGGAACGUUUUAUGGUUUUGUACAGAUUAUGCUUACCUCAGGUUCUUUUGGUGUGUGCUUUGACCUGAUUUUUCUGUAUAAUGGCUAAAUAACUCGGUAAUGAAUACCUAUUUUCUUGAGUUUCAUAACUGGAAUUUACAUUUACCUAUCUAUCAUUUGCAAAUAUGUUUAUUUUUUGUCUCUUUUGGGAGGGGGGGGUAGAUUUAUUGUGGCUUGCUGGAAUUCUUGAGUGUUCAUUUUUCUCAUUUUAAGUAUUGCGAACAAAGUAAAAUAGAGAACCUAUAUUGUGUAAGAAAAAAAAAGAAUACAAUAAACUUAAAGUGUCUGCCUAUGCAUGUUUUAUAAAAAUCAAACCAAGGAAAUAGAAAAUCUGAAUACCUUGGCUGUGGAAGCCUGUUUUGAAAUAUAUUGCGCUUUAGUGAACAUAUACUGGAAACGUAUACCUGCAUACUUUCAAUUAACACCAUGAUAAUGCUCUAUGCCUUCAACUUCUUUUGUAAUUGAAGCAUUUAACUAUCUAAGAUGGAUGAGAAAUCAUAUUUUUAUCCUGCGCUUGUAAGUGCACACAGUCGAAUUAAGCAUGUUUGACAAUUCUCGUGAGGUGUGUGGUUACAUGUGGAACUCAAAAUGCAUGAUAGCUGUUUGUGUCAUAUAACGGUUUAAUCGGUUUCGUUCUGUUUUGUAAAUGUGCCACAGAAAGUGUAAUUUGAUUAUUAUUAUUAUUAUUAUUACUAUUAUUAUUUGGAACUCUGCUUUGUAUAUCAGUUACAGGUUUGAUACUGCUCAAUACUUUAAGAUGAAACAAAAAAAAAUAACUUCAAUCUUUUUUAAGAACUGCUUAAGUGCCCAAGUAAUUCACUACACGACAUGAAGCCUUGCUUUUGUAAUUUAACUUCAAAACUGUUGGCAGAUGAGGCAUGCACUUGCAACUAUGAAAAGUAUUUUAUAUAACUGUUCAAUAAAAAUGUGCAUGAAUUUCAACUUGAAA